AUGGCUGAAAUCAUUCUCUCUGCGUUGCUCCCAAUUGUUUUUGAGAAGCUAGCCUCUGCAGCCUCAAACAAGGUUACUCGUUCCAAGAAAAUUCAGUCCCAGUUGCAGAAGUUGGAGACCUCAUUACCCCUGAUCCAAGAUCUGCUCAACGAUGCCGCUGAGAAGGAAAUACAAGAUAAAAGAGUUAAAAUAUGGCUCAAUCGUCUCCAACAUUUGGCCAAUGACAUAGAUGAUAUACUCGACUCUUUGGCUACUGAUGUUAUGCAUUAUGAGCUGACAGAAAAACCUGCAGGAGGCAUUACCAAAAAGGUAACAAAGUUCAUCCCAACUUGUGGUACUAGUACUUUCUCAUCAUCAAAUACUGAUAUGCACCACAAGCUAAAUGAUAUUACCACCAAUUUACAACAACUGUAUAAUGAAAGAAAUGAUCUUGGGACAACAAUUGGCAUCAGAGCAAUCAGGCUGUUUGAUUCAAAAACUGUGACCGGAAAUAAAAAGGAAAAAACAUCAACCGGAAAUUCUACGGUGGUGGAAACGGUUACAGGAAGAAGAGAAAAUAAGAAACUUACUUGA